GAUACCGCCACGUCCCGCCGCCGGGGACGCCUCCGCCGGAGCCACCGCAGUGACAAGACAAAGUCUUUUUGGGUUGCUCUGGCCUGUCCACAUUGUUUCUGGAUGGCUCUGGAUGGAUAGUGAAGAGGGAUGUUCAGUCUCAUGGCCAAUUGCUGCAACUGGUUAAAACGGUGGCGGGAACCUGUCAGGAAGGUGACACUAAUAAUGGUCGGUCUUGAUAAUGCUGGUAAAACUGCUACAGUCCGAGGAAUUCAAGGAGAGUCUCCUGAAGAUGUGGCUCCAACAGUUGGGUUUUCCAAAAUUGAUCUUAAGCAGGGACGCUUUGAAGUGACAAUCUUUGAUUUGGGAGGUGGAAAACGAAUUCGGAAUAUCUGGAGGAACUACUAUGCUGAGUCCUACGGGGUGAUAUUUGUGGUGGAUUCCAGUGAUGUUGAAAGAAUGGAAGAAACAAAGCAAGCCAUGAUAGAAGUUUUAAACAGCCCUAAGAUAUCGGGAAAACCCGUAUUGGUGCUGGCAAAUAAGCAGGACAGAGAAGGAGCUCUGUCAGAAGCAGAUGUAAUCGAGUCCUUGUCUCUGGAGAGGCUUGUCAACGAACACAAAUGUCUCUGUCAAAUUGAACCUUGCUCAGCUAUCAUGGGCUAUGGGAAAAAAAUUGACAAAUCAAUAAAAAAGGGUUUAUUUUGGCUUCUACAUAUCAUAGCCAAAGAUUUUGAUGCCUUAAAUGAGCGAAUCCAAAGAGACACCACAGAGCAAAAGGCAUAUGAAGAACAGAAGAAACUGGAACGAGCUGAGCGAGUGAGAAGGAUACGAGAAGAAAGGGAAAAAGAAGAAGGAGCUGUACCUGAUGAGGAAGACCCUGAGCCUGGGAAAUAUCAGAACCCCUUCCAGCCUAUAUCUGCUGUAAUCUCUGAGAAUGAAAAGCAAAUAGAAAAGGAGAAGAAGCAGCAAAGGUUGGAGACUGAAAAGGCUACAAUUGUCUUGAAAUCACAAAUAUUCUCUGAAUAUAAGUGUAUGAUAUGUAAUGUUUUAUUUCUGUUUACUAUAGAUAACAGUAAGAAGAAAAGUAAAAAACCAAAAUUAAAAAGGGGCCACAGAGUAGAACCUAUUAAUCCAGAGGAUUCUCUUCCCAAAAAUCCACCACCACCACCACCAGCACUUCCACCAGUUGGCUGGGGAACUCCCAAACUUAAUAGACUUCAAAAACUCGAGCCUCUUGGUGAAACACAUCAUGCUGAUUUCUAUGGAAAGCCUCUGCCCCCGCUGACUCUACGCCAAAGACCCAACAGUGACACCCAUGAUGUCAUUGCUUAACUGGAUCCCAAACAGAAUUUAAAACCACAAAAUGAAAAAAUUCCAUCAGAAACAUUUUUUUUGCCCUUGAAGGAAAAUUUUUAAAGUGACACUUUAUCAGCAUGUUGCAAAAUGACUUGGUGACAAUUAAAUCUGGAGUUUGUUCUCUCGAACUUAGUUGAUCUUGUCAUUCCACAUCACCAGCACUUCUUCAGGGUUUGGUGUGAAAUAAGAAAGGUCUGUGUGUCCAUGGAUGUGAACAUGGUAUUGAAUAUUUACUUGUGAAAAUACAUGUCCAUAAACCUGAAGAAAAACAACUUCAAGAUCACAGGAUUGUACCGUCCCAUGGAGACCUUCCUCCAGGUGCUGUGCAGUCGUUGGUAUUUUUUCAGCUCAUAAAUUAUUUUGUAAGAUUCAUUGUAUGAUAGGGUGACUAUAGAAAGGCUAAACAAAUAUUGAGUAUAUUUUUCUACCUUUUUAUAAAAUGAUUUGGAAGUUUGAGUGGACAUGGGUACCUACAAGGUAAAGUGAUACCUUGGAAGCAUGAGAAAGCUGUUGGUCAAGUUAAUACAAAUACAGUGUGUUUGACUCUUACAGUAGCAAAACGCCUUUAUUAGGGAUUAUAUUUCUAGGUGUAGUAUUUCAUACUUCUGGCAACCUGAAGCAAGGAGUAAGACAGAAAGUUUAAAAUAACUACAUUUUAUACAAAAUAUUGCUAUUUGAACUGUCUGAACGUUUUCUUAUCUGUUGUUUUCUUUGUUUUGUUAACUGAAUCUGACAUAGGUAAUAAAUUCUGUGGAAAAAAAUUUA